AUGCCUCCGGUUUACUCCCGUUUAUUCCAACCAAUGUGGGCGCGUAUAUUACGACAGACGACACCAAACUUGGAGGGAGCGGCAUGGAAGCGCACGUUUGCCUCCGGGCCGCAACAGACUGUGUCAUUCUUUACUUCAAAGACUGCCCCAUUUACGAUACGACGACCGACGAUAUUUAGUUUUCUAUCCAAAUCUUCCAAAUUACCGUUACGCUCGACCCGGCGAUCGUUUCACCGAACUUCCCGCUUACGAGACGCAAAAUCCUCCCCGAAAGAUGCUCCAGCCCAAGAACCACAGGGGAUCACAGCAAGGUUAAAGAAGCUAUCGAGAGAAUAUGGCUGGGCUGCUUUGGGAGUUUAUCUAGGCCUGACUGUUUUAGAUUUUCCGUUCUGCUUCCUACUAGUGAGGUCGGUAGGGACGGAUAGGAUAGGCGCAAUCGAAGACUGGGUCGUAUCAAAUGCUUCCAAAUUAAUACCACAAUCCGUCCGGACUUGGUGGCGUGAAUACCGCAAAGCCCUCAAGGAAGCCGAAAGGGAAAACAUCGGAGACACCGAGAUCAGUGAAGAUGUUGAGAUGGCCGGCUGGGGUGUAGAGGAGGCUGAGAAAAGGCACAAGGCCGAAGCCAGCCUCGGGACCCAGUUAGCUCUUGCUUAUGCGGUGCAUAAAAGCUUUAUAUUCCUUCGAGUGCCCUUGACCGCUGCGAUAACGCCUAAGGUAGUUAAGGUCCUUAGGUCAUGGGGCUGGAAAAUCGGAAAGCGACCGAGCAAGCGGUGA